AUGGACGAGGCCUCGACCGCUCCAGCUCCAGCCCACCAACCAUCCCAACCUCCGGAUGACGGACAUGGACAUUCGCCUUCCCUCGAAACUGCACGACAGGCAAAGAGAUCGUCUCUCCCUGCACGUCCUAAUGUUGCUUCUCGUCACUCAAAACGCCUCACUUUAAAUUUCCCAAUUACAGUUUCGCCGUCGAUUGGCCUCUCCCAAACACAAUCGGACCAAUUCUCCCCUGCCUCGAGUGUAAUGAGCCCGGCGACCCAGAAAUUCCCUCAUUUCCUCCCCUAG